AUGUAUCACUUUGGCACCAAAUGUUCUAAUUCACCUACAAUAUUGUCUGGAGCAUCCAAUUUUGGUGAGAAAUUCUCCCGGGUCAAAUUCUCCCCAUCGUUGACUCUCUUUGGGGGGAAACCUAUGGAGGGCUGGAUCGCAGUAACCAUCAGCGGGCUGGUCACCGUCUCACUGCUGAAGCCCAACGGACAAGUGCUGACCUCCACGGAGAGCCUUUGCCGCCUGCGCUGCCGAGUGGCCUUGGCUGAUAUUGCUUUCACCGGUGGAGGCAACAUUGUGGUGGCCACGUCAGAUGGGAGCAGUGCCUCUCCAGUCCAGUUCUACAAAGUCUGCGUCAGUGUGGUGAACGAGAAGUGUAAGAUUGACACCGAGAUCCUCCCCUCCUUGUUCAUGCGCUGCACCACUGACCCAGCUCGGAAAGACAAAUAUCCUGCAAUCACCCACUUGAAAUUUCUAGCUCGGGACAUGUCUGAACAGGUGAGUUCUUUGGGGUUUCCUUCUCCAGUCCUAGCUGCCUCUUCCUUCUAGCUACUUGGCCAUAUCUAGAUUAGUCAGUUGAAGAC